UUUUUAGACUAACAGAAUAAAAAACGUUCAGAAUUUUUGCAAAUCUACGUUUUAACCAAUAAAGAUCAACAAAUGUGGAUACAAACAUGGUGUGAAAAUGCUUAUCACCGUAGUAAUCGAGAGAAUCCUGAUUCAUCUAAUGAUCACUUCCAUCAUAUGCAAUCGAUUCCGUACAAUUAUCCUUCCAUUCAUGAAAAUUUGAUACAAAAUGAUAAUCCUAAUAUAAUCAAUUCAUUCUCUUAUAAUAAUAAUUUUAUUAAUACCAGACUACCAAUAUCAUUUUUACAAAUUCCGACUUCAUGUAAUCAUGCGAACUCAACAAUGAUUGUGUCACAUUAUUCAUCAUCACCGGUUACUUUGGAUUAUUGUAAUAAUGAAAAUACAAAUAAUAUAAUGAGUAACACACUAACUAAUUAUGUUACUCCAAAUGAAUCUAUAUCACUAAAUCAUAUUGGUAAUGAUAAUAAUAGUAGAAAGAUGAAUAAUAUUGAAGAUAAUAAUGAUUAUGUCAAUAUUCAGCAUCAAGACGGCAACAAGAUGAAUGAAAGAGAAAAUAUGCCUUUACCGAGCCAUGACCUUGUACAAGAGCAUUCCGACCAAUGGGAUCGAACGGUAAAAAAUUCAUCUGAACAAAUGAAUAAUAUCAUGACAAAUACUAUCAGAGUAAAUAAUACAGAAAAUAAUCAAUUUUAUGAACAAUUAAAUCAACCAAAUAUAGAUACAAAAUCAGUUAAUUUUAAUAAUUGUCUUUGUAACCAAUCUGACAUGUAUGCGGAGAAAAUUAAUUCCAAUUAUUCUGAAACAUCUUCUUCAUUGUGUGAAUUUCAAUGUACUGAAAUACCAGAAAUAUCAAAUCAUUUAUUAGAAUCCACUGAGAAAAUUUAUCAUCAUCAACAUCAUAACCAAUUUAAUGAUAAAACUAAUCGAUAUUGUAACAAUCAAAAUAUUCAACAUGAUUGGUCAAUAUUAAAUACUAUGCCAAAUGGAACAGAUUAUGAAUUUGUUAAAUCACAAAUGAAUUUAAUGAAAAAUACACAUGAGAAUAAUUCAAAUUAUGAAAAUUAUUCACCCUAUUUCUCAUAUAUGGAUAAUAAUAAUAAUAAUAAUAAUAAUAAUAAUAAUAAUAAUAAUAAUAGUGAUAAUCAUUAUAAUUAUUAUAAUUAUUUAAAUAGAACUGAAAUGUUAAAUAAAAUGAUAUUAGAAAACAGUGAUUUAAGUAUAUCACCAAUUUGUUCUACACCACCAUUUACAUUACCGUUGACAUCAUCAACAUGUUUAUUAUCUGAUUAUUCAAUGUCAUCUAAACAACGAAUAGCUGAUUCGAUUACUUCAUAUCCAAAUGAACAGAAACCAAUGACUAGAAAACAAACAUUACAAGAGAAAAGUCAAUUGGAUGAAUAUUAUAAUUUUUAUAAUGUUUCAUCUGAAUUCAGUGACCAAUAUAAACCAUUCAUUUAUCAUAUAAAUAAUAAUGAUCAAUUAACUAAUGAAAAUACAAGUGGAAAGUUUACUCGUCAGUUGAAAAAAAGUAAACGAUCUAAUCAUUAUUCACGUCGAAUGCCAAAAUUAGAAGGGUUGAAAAAAAUUAAAUAUUCAAAUGGUAACCAAGUUCACCAUCAUUAUCAUGAGCAACACCCAAGUUUAUCAUCGACAAAUGAACUGCUGUCAUUAGAAGUAACAAAGAACAAAAAAACAUCAAUCAUCUCAUCGACAAUCCCAUCAAUAUCACCUACACUAACAUUAGUAUCGACAGAAACAUCAGCAACAACGCCAGCCACAACAACGGUCAUUAACACGAUUGAGUUAAAAUCAAUACUUAAAAAAACCACGAAAGAAACUAAUGAUUCAUUACACAAUAAUAAUAAUCACAGAAUGGACGAGCUGUAUUGCUCUACUUUGUAUGGUUCAAAUAAUAAUAAUAAUAAUAAUAAUAAUAAUAAUAAUAAUAAUAAAACACUGAACAGUACAGUUGUGAAAUCGGAACAAACUGGAGUGUAUAAUGAUUAUAUGUCAAACUAUUGGUUAUCAUCGCAUAAGUCAUAUGAUCAUUUUUAUCAUCUUUCUGAUCUAUCUGUUUCACCUCAACCUACAGAUGAAUAUCAUCGUCAUCAUGAUCCUCCUCAACAUCUACAACUACACCAGCUUAAUCAUUCACAAAAUCAUCAUGGAAAUAUUCCUACAGGUAAGUUAAAGGCUAGUCAUAAAAUUAUAUUAUAUGGUUGA